AGUUGUUCUUGGAAACUGGCUUCGCCAGGUGUGGCUUUAUCUGCCACUCGUAGGUCGCAGACCGGUGUGAGCCGGGCUGGACGGCCGCGCCUCAUCUGAGCCUAUAUCAGAGUCUGUCGGAGACCGAGGACCCAGACGCCUCGCAGUUGAUAGCUGUGAAGUGAUUCUGCCAUGGUGUGCUCGACCACCCUGGCCCUGGUGGCCACCCUGGCCCUCCUCGCCGCUAGCCCUGGCCGAGCGCGGAAAUUUGACGUCGACGACAACGUCCCCGAGAUGGUCACCGAGACCGACCCCAAGUUCAAGAUCCCCAAGAGCUUCCUCUUGGGUGCUGGCACCGCCUCCUACCAGACGGAGGGCGCCUGGGACAAGGAUGGGAAGGGUGUGAACGUGUUCGACCACCUGUACCACAAGAAUAAUUACCCCACCAACAUGACGGGCGACAUCGCCUGCAACUCGUACGAACGUUACGAGGAGGACAUCAAACUCGCCGCCCAGAUGAACCUCGACGUCUUCCGCUUUUCCAUUUCUUGGACACGGAUUUUCCCCAACGGCGACGUUGCUGAAAAAAACAUCAAGGGUGUUCAACACUAUCACAAUGUGAUCAAGGCAAUUAAAGCAAACAACAUGAAACCACUAGUCACCAUCUACCACUUAGACCACCCACAAGCUCUGGAGACGAAGUUCGGGGGCUGGCUAAGUGAGCAGAUGAUAGAAGCCUACGUGAACUUCGCGGACUUCCUUUUCUCUGAAUACGGCAGCGAGGCGCCAUCGACUUCGUGGCUGUCAACGCCUACCACGGCUCGAUAGUCGCGGACCGCAGGAAGGACCCCAAUGGACACGGUGGAGGCCCCGGGAUGAUCCCGAUGAAAGGCCUCUGGGCCGACGCCAACGUCACCACCGUGGUUGAAGCCGGCGCCAACAAAAACAUCUUUUCGCAGGUAACUGCAUGGUUGCUCCGCGACGUGUCCCUGUGGAUCAGAGCCAAAUUCGGCCCGGAGCUGGGCAUCUUCAUCUCGGAGAACGGCAUGGGCCUGUACAACAGCUCGACGGACGACUGGGACACGCGAGCCGUCUACCACAGCGCCUACCUGCGCGAGCUGAUGCGGACAGUCAACGAGGACGGCGUUAACGUGCUCGGCUAUACCAUGUGGUCCUUGCUCGACGACUUCGAGUUUAGCGCGGGCUACAAGCGCGAGUUCGGAUUGGUGCAGGUCGACUUCGAGGGCGGCACGCUCGCCCGGACCCUUAAGAAGUCGCACCACUUCUUCAAGCGCAUGAUGGCGGACCGCUCCGUGCCCCUGGUGCUCGCGUCCACGACGGUUAGCGCUGCCGGAACCCUCGCGCCCUCCGUGUGCGUCGUCGUCCUCUACUCUGCUCUCUCGCUGCUCCACGCCCUCCUAUUUUAAACACGAACCAAACAACAAUCUGUGAUAUUAGGAAUUUAAUUUUUCUCUCGUCCGUAAAAUAAAUAAAUAAACUGACAUUGUCAGAACGAGUGAUUUACAAUAUUUACGCUAUCUCUCUAAUUCUAUUAAAACAACGAUUGAUUAGAUUACGCUGUUGUAUAGCCAAGGUGUGCCCAUUACGAUGACAGCCAAUAACAACAAUGAUUUUAGAAAAAUGAAAAGAAAAAUCCUGUAGCUUGUUGGCCAUUAGCAUUGCAGUGCAGGGGGUACAGUACACGAUAAAAAGUUUGUUGAACAUGCCAAUGUCAAUUUAAUUGCGUGUUUUUGUUAUAACAUCAGCAAAACAGUUACAAAGUACAUAGGAGGUUUGAACAUUCUAUACACACCUAAAUGAAGAAAAUGGGUACAUUUGCGGUCCAAUGUCUUUCAAUAAACUGCCACAUUUACUUGGCAAAUGAUUGCAGUAUGAAAGUUACAGUAAAGUGAUGUAACAGAGUAGGUUGAAUACAAACAUAUGCAACGACAAAAAAAAGAAAAAAAAAAGAAAA